AUCAAGGGAGAGAUCCAACGGCCGAGAGUGCCUGAUCGCUGAGGAGCCUCCGGCAUCCCUCCGGUUCAUAUCUCUUGAUAUAUAGGUGAUCGAGCCGAUGUACCUGCUUCAACUUUAAUAUUAAUAACACCACCAUCCAAAGUUCCAAACCCUAAUGGCAGGACCGCCGCCGGCAUGGGGGGCUGCAGGCGGGAGGGACCUCAUAAGUGGACUCCCCGACGACCUGCUCCACGAAAUCCUCGGCCGCCUCCUAUCCACCACCGCCGCCGCGCGCACCAGCGUCCUCGCCCGUCGCUGGCGCCGCGUCUGGGCGGACCUCCCCGAGCUCGUCCUCGGCGACGACCUGAUCGGUCACGAUUCCUUGUCCCUCGACGCCGUCGACGGCGCGCUUGCCGCCCACCCCGCCGCCCACGUCCACAGCCUCAAGAUCACAGUGCUCUACGACACCCCCGCCCACUGCGUCGCGUCGUGGCUGCGCUUCGCCUCACGGCGCCUCGCGGGCGCGCUCUACCUCCACGUGCGCGCACCUCGUUCACCUUAUCAGUGGGAGCAAUGGCGUGCUCGCAAGACCGCGGUUCUCGAGCUGCCACCGUGCGAGGGAGCGACGAGCAUAAAGUUUCUCCUCCACGGAGUACCGCACCUCCUCCUCCGGCCACAACCACCGCCGCCGGGCGGGGCCAUGUUCCCGGCGCUGACGGACCUGGAGAUCAGCGGGGCCACCAUGGAAAGCAGUGCCCUAGGAGCCCUCGUGUCCACGCAGUGCCCGUGCCUGCGGAAGCUCAGGCUGGCGUUGCUCACGCUGGUCGCAGGAGUCUGGAGCACGUGCCCUCGUUUCGUCUUCGCCGACUACGGGCGACAUCUCCGGCGGCUGGAAGUCAUGCGGUGCUCUGCCAUGGCACCUCUGAUGCGGUGGUUCGACUCGGUCGACGAGCUGCGACUCGCCUACAUUGUACCAGAAGACGGAUGGAACUGGAAGAGAUUCUUGGAUGACGCGACCAAUACUCUUCCCAAGUGCUCAACCUUGUGGGUAUCCUCAACCGGGAAUAACCAUGGCUUUGUACCAAUCGUGCUGCGUCUCCUCAGGAGAGGGAAUGACAUAAAGAAGCUGUGUAUGUCAUACACAUACAUACCCUCUACGAUUUUUGGAUCGCCAAUGCGUCCUUGUCACGCACCAAAGAGUUCCAUGGCGGACAACACCAUCCUUGAUUCACUUGAAGAGAUAGAGAUUGAUUAUAUGAAAGGAUCAGAAGAUGUAUUUGUGGAAUUCCUAAAGCAGCUGAUAUCCAAUAUAUGGAGCAUGCCAAAGCUGAAAAGUGUGGAAAUCAACAUGUUGCACUCCCCUUCUUCCCUGAACGACGUGGUACACGAGAGGAUCAGCGCCAUGUUCCCUCCGAAUAUCAGCGUCAGAUCAAAUGCGUUUCCCAAUGGAAGACCGCACCAGAUUAUUUGAAGCUAUUAUUUCUACAUAACCUGCGUUUUUCAUUUUUCAAUUUUUUGUUGAGAAACUACCUGAUAUAUACGUAUCUGAGAUUGGACCAUGUGUAGAAAAUUGAGAACAUAAAUACUCCCUCCGCCCAGAUUAGUUGUCUUAGAUUUAUCUAGAUACGAAUAUAUAUAUAGACAUUUUUUAGUAGACGGGGUACUAAUUUGAGGCGGAGGUAUUGAACAUAUAAACCACGCUAGAGUACCCGCCAUUCUAGGGGCACUCCUCGCGCGAGACGUUUUUGACCGCAGGAUGAAUUCACCACAGUACAUUUUUGGCUCUGGCAGAUGGUCAACCGUUGGCCUUUUCUCACAUUAGUGUAAGCUUAUAGAGAGGAUGAUGGGUGGGGCUCGUUGGUUGUGGGGUCAUGCGACUGA